AUUGUGAUUUGCCAGUUAGAUUUCAACUUCCAGCCCAAUCAGUUCUAUUCUAACGUGGUUGACAAGCACAAUGUCACUAAGCGAACAUAUUUCUCUAGCAUUUACUGAGGACAAACUGAAGGAAAUCCUCAGGAAGGAGGGUAACUACAAACUAAAAGGGUACCAAUUGGUGGAUGGGUUCAGCAAAAAAGGAGAUUCCUAUCUCAGUGAAGUGUUUCGCCUGCGAAUUGAUGGAGAAGAACCCGGAAGUUGUUCCUCAACUUGUCUAAAUUUCGUGGUGAAGGGCUUGCCCAAAAACAUUGGUCGUCGGAAGACCUUCAGAUCAGCUGCCUUCUUUAAGAAUGAAAUCACCUUCUACGAAGAUAUUAUUCCGGCAUUUGAGGACUUUCAAGCCAGGAGGAGCCCCAAAAAACCCUUUAUUGAAUAUCCAAGAUGUUAUUCUUCUUUUUGCGAUGGAAACCAUGAUUAUGUGGCCUUGGAUGACUUGAGCAAGUAUGGAUUUGUAUCAGCAGAUCGUCAAAAUGGGAUGGAUUUUGAACAUUGUCGCCUCGCAUUGGAAUCUCUUGGGAGAUUACAUGCUCUAUCCUUGGCCAUGAAGGAUCAAGAACCUGAGAACUUUGCUAAAUUAUCUCAAAAAGUGGAAGAAACCUAUUACAUUUCAAGUCUCAAAGCAUGGUACAGUGAUUUUAUGAAAACUCAGAUCGUUGUUGCUAAAGAUGCUCUUGCAAAGGAAUAUCCAGGAACAGAAAUUGAAAAGAAAGCUUUAAAGUUCAUCUCAGACGAUCUCUACGAUAACCUGUGUGAAAUUACUCAUGCUGAGUCACCUCUAGCAGUUAUUGGUCAUGGAGAUGGCUGGACACCCAACUUUCUCUUCAAAUAUGAUGCAAGUUCUGCGGGUGCUGGAUCAAAAGUGCCCAAAGAGAUUAGAAUUAUAGAUUUCCAGCUAGCCAGAUGUGCUACCUUGGCUAUAGACAUCUCAUUCUUUAUCUACUCAUGUACAACUCAAAAACUCAGGGAAAAACACUACGAUGAUCUUCUCAAAGCUUACCAUUCCAGUUGUUGCCGGCUGCUCGAGGACCUGGGUUCAAAGCCUGAAAUCUUUCCCUAUUCGGCACUUCAGGAGGAAAUGAGAAAAUUUGCACGUUUCGGUGUGGGAAUGGGAAUUGAAUCUGUGCCAUUUUCCGUCAUACCAGAGAGCGAUGCUUUCGAUUUGGAUUCAAUUCAGGGAGAUGAUGCAAUUCCUCUGCAGGAAAUAUGGGUAUUGAAGCCAAUUCCAACAAAAGAAGGUCGCUUGCGUGUAGCCGAUAUGUUCAAACAUGCCGUGGAUAUGGGGUACCUUGAAUAAAUUGAGAAUUCCAUCCAGAGGAUUUAUCGCUUCACAUAGUUUGUAAUACUUUAAGUAUUGUUGAUGUUUUUAUUACACGUUUUCUGAUUUUAUAUUUUGUAUGACUAUGAAUAUUCGAAAUAAACAAACAUUGAAAAUAA